UCAGGAAAAGAAGAAGAGUCUGACGCGGAAGUGAUAACCUGGAUCCUUUCUGACGCAUGCACGAGCGCUUUGUGCAUCUCUUUUUACAGCAGCACCGAGUCUGAGUCCACACUUUAACACUAUCAGAGAAUACAGACAGAGGUGUGUUUGGUGCAGGUAUGUCGUCCGGCGGAGAAGCAGUGUUUCGGGCCGUGGAGACGCCGCUGUUCUGGCUCGGUGCUCUGACCGCGGCCUGGCUGUCAGUGUGCUCCGUGUACCGGCUGCUGUCCGGGAUCAGGGUGUGGGUGCUGGGCAACGGACGGCUCGUGUCACCCACUAAACUUGGGAAGUGGGCAGUUGUGACAGGAGCCACAGAUGGGAUCGGGAAAGCCUACGCGGAGGAGCUCGCCCGCAGAGGCUUUUCCAUCGUGCUGAUCAGCCGCUCGCAGGAGAAGCUGGAUGAUGUAUCUAAAGCGAUCGGAAGCAAAUGCGGCGUGGAGACCAAAACGAUCGCAGCAGACUUCAGCGCUGUCGAUAUCUACUCGAAGAUUGAGGACGGACUUGCAGGACUGGAGAUUGGAGUUCUGGUCAACAAUGUUGGAAUAUCCUAUUCUUAUCCUGAAUUCUUCCUCAACAUACCUAACCUUGACACUUUCAUUGACACCAUGGUCAACAUUAACAUAACAUCAGUGUGCCAGAUGACACGACUUGUUUUACCUCAAAUGUUGGAGAGGAAGAAGGGAGCCAUCCUCAACAUCUCAUCCGCCAGUGGGAUGUACCCCGUUCCUCUCCUUACCGUCUACUCUGCCUCUAAGGCAUUUGUGGACUUCUUUUCACGAGGACUGCAAGCUGAAUACAAGAGCAAAGGGAUCAUCAUCCAGAGUGUUCUGCCAUUUUUUGUUGCAACCAAGCUGAGUAAAAUCAGACGGGCCACGCUGGAUAAGCCCAGUCCAGAGCGCUACGUUGCAGCUGAGCUCAACACUGUGGGGCUGGAGACUCAAACCAAUGGCUACCUGCCCCACGCUAUUAUGGGUUGGGUGACUACAGCUCUGCUCCCUGCCAAGAUCCUCAACAGCCACGUGAUGGGGAUGGGUUUGUCCCAGCGCGCUCGUUACCUCAAGAAGCAAAAGCAGGGAUAGAUCAGCAAGCGGCUGGGAGCGGCGGCGGCAGCAGCAGACAGAGGGGACCAGCUGUGUUAACGACUCAUCUGACUACCGUCAUCAUCGUCAUGGACUAAGAAGAGGAAAUGUGACAGUUUCUGGGCAACAUCUCGGUUUCCCUCUCUCUGAAACUGCUAGUCGUAGAUGAUGUGUGGCCCACAGUUACCGUUACAUGUAUUCAGUCUAAUCUGUGUGGAAAAAUCUUGUGCUCUGCAUUGAGUGAUCAGCUUUAAUGAAUGCGACACUUAACAUGUAAACUAAAACUGAACUCCCAGAGCUAACUUUCAUCUGCAAAACAUGAUCAAAAUUGAAACCCAUUUGAGAAGGGAAGAGAUUAGAAAAAAUUUGGAUAUGUCAGGUUAUUGUCCUCUACAUGUCUUUAUGGGUGUGUGUAUGUGUGUGCGCAGAUUAGUCUUGUUUGUUAGUAUAUGGACCAUACCAUGGAAAAAAAACAGUUUAGUACAACACUGGAAAUGGUACGUAUGCAGCAAUUCUUUCUAAAGCACUUAACAGUUUAUCAAAAUUUGAAAGGCUGAAGUGGGUUUUUUUGUUUACGAUUACAAAUAAUUAAUUAUUGUUAGUUUUUUUUUUUGUCAUGUCAUAUCAGACUUUCAAAGCACUUACAUUUACACCUUUCCUCUUCAGUACCAACUCAAAGCCAUUGCUUUUUGCCGUUAUAAUAUCUUUCUUGACAGUACUGAUGACUUGUGCGAAGGGACGCAUGUAUAAUUAAACCAAACUACAUUUAAUCUGUAACAGAGGGAGAAGCUGUGAUUUGUGAUUAUAUUAAAAUGUAUGUUUGGUUUCGUACUAAAUUGGUUUUCAAAUUCAUUCUUAACAACUAGCGUUACUGUCUGGGACUACUUCAUGUCCUAAAGUUCCAGAAAAUCCUCUUUAAGUAUACUUGAUCCCAGUAUAAUGGCUGGAUGGUUUUGUUUCUGUCUUGUGUGUGUGUGUGUGACAUCUGCAUUGAUCUUGAAUUUCCAACUGAAACGUUCAGUCUACUAAAAUGUGAAACCAAACCAAAUGUACAGAUGAGAAAAACCAAUGAAAUAAUGUAAAAUCUCUGAUACAUUUUUGAAAACUUACUAUAUGAGUUUGUAUGUUCAUACAGUAUGCAGUAGUUAUGUCAUAUUUCACCUGUUCUAGCUCAGAUAUUCUCUUUAAGUUAUACUGUAUUAAUCCCCAUGGAAAACAUUUAACUCACACUAACAUUAGACACAGCAGCCAGGGACCAAUUCCAGUUAUGAGGUUAGUGCUUUUCUCAAAGGCAAUUGCAUUAGGUAUUAGGCGUAUUCCUAAAACCUAUAGGAUGCAUGUUGUUUGAGGGGGAAAGCAGAUCAAACGGAACACUUGGAUAUUGUUAGAAUUUAAUAACUAUGGAAAGCUACUGUGCAUUUUUCCUUCGAGCCAUCAAUAAAAAUGCCUUUCAAAUAACUUCA